UUGAAGAAAAGAAGAGAAGAGAAGAGCCAGGCAGACGCAAGCACCUGAAAAAGUGAGUGAGAGAGAGAGGGAGACAGAUCUUCCAAAAAUGGCGUCGUUUUUGCAAUCAUUCAUAGAUCCAAGAAAGAACUGGUUGGCCAAGCAACACAUGAAAACUCUCUCCUCCCGCCUCCGCAGAUACGGGCUCCGAUACGAUGAUUUGUACGACCCUUAUUACGAACUGGAUAUCAAGGAGGCGCUUAAUCGCCUCCCGAGAGAAAUCGUUGACGCUCGUCAUCAGCGUCUGAAGCGUGCCAUGGACCUCUCUAUGAAGCACGAGUAUCUUCCUGAGGACCUGCAGGCAAUGCAAACACCGUUCAGGAGCUACCUGCAAGAAAUGCUGGCCUUUGUGAAGAGGGAGAGAGCAGAACGUGAGGCUUUGGGAGCUAUGCCUCUUUACCAGCGCACCAUUCCUUGAGUUUCUCAGCACCCCCCAUUUUUCCAUUUCUUAUUGAAGUAAAUCUUGUUGAAAGUUUAUUUAGAAUGUUCGGGUUGCUGAAGGUGAGAUGGAUUGUCUCUUCUUGGUAAGUUCUUGCAAUUAUUUUGUGGUGGUGGUGGUUAAAUGGUGUUAUUAGUCUUUUACUGACACUUUUUCUAAUAAUCAUGCACAACUCUGCUAUUUAACUUCCAUUUCAUGGUUACCUGCAAUAAAAAGGACUGUCUUAUACUUUUA